UAUGCUCGCAGGGAGUAAAAACAAUGACGUUGUAGGAAUUCUUUAAUAGUAUGUUUAAAUUUUCUAUUGCUCAUCUUUUUCACGGUACCUGGCAAAACAUUAUACAAUUUCAGGUUCAAUGAGUUCUUCUCAGACUUCCUCAGUCUAAACCUAGGCCGUCUAAGGAGAUCCCCCGAACGAGUUGAAUAGGCAUGGCAAUCGGAAUUAGCGCUAAAGUUUCCUUUCGUUCUUUGUAUCUCUAAUAACUGGUAGUAGAUAUAGAUGCAAGGAAGGGGCAUCACUUUGAAUUUUUUAAAAUAAGGUUGACAAUGGUCCCUAUAUCCUAUAUUAGCAACGACUCGAAUGGCCCUUUUCUGCAUUCUGAAAAUCUCCACAGCAGCUGAGGCAUCACCCCACAGCACCUUGCCAUAGCAUAAGUGUGAAUGCAACAAAGAAAAAUACACCAUAAGCAGAGUCCUUGUUCCUAUCACGCCUCUCAGUCGUCGAAGAACGAAUAUGUUGCUGGACAAUCUAUUUUUCAGGUCUGAGAUAUGUUGUUUCCAAUUUAGACUAUCAUCGAUCCUAAUGCCAAGCAACUUGACGGACUGUCCACUAUUUACCAAGCAAUAUAAAUCUGGUCGAAGUAUAACGGGUUCAAAUGUUUCAUUAUUUACCUGGAUUCAUGCCUAGGUCUCUACCUUUCCAAUCCAAUAAUGAAAAAAGCAAAAUUGUUCGAAAUGAAUAAAUAAAAAUGGCAAACGCGACGCCUCUGGCUACUCCCCCUAUGCACUUAAUUAUAUCUAGAACUUGCUACAAUAGCGCUACACCGACAAAAAAAAACCGUUUAUUUUAACAAUUUAAUCUCGGAUUUCUUGCACACGGCGGACGCCUGUGCCGCUCAUCAGUUUCGUUUUCCUUCGUGGGGUCAUGCACGCACACACGGCGACGGCAAAUCGUAAAACGUAACACAAGAGAGGCCGUCGACCAAGGUCUUUACCUGGCCACCAACCAACGUUGCCCGGGUACCAUCCGCAACGAAAUAUGGUCAGCCGUCGCGUUCUAACCAUCGGUGAAAUGUUCGACGUGAAAAUCGCGAUGUUGGCGUGAAUUUCUCUCCGUGACGACGAAUUUUGCCCGUUCUUAUGUCUCCUUGACCGCAGCACGAGUCAUAAAACAGGGAAAAGAAAUUAUGAAACAGGUGGAACUGCGUAAGGUUUUGAUGGUUGCCACUUUCUUUUGCCUCUGCCUCUUUGUCUACCUCUACUGGAAGCAAUCGUCCGGGCCCGUUCAAGCUUUGGUGUUCAGCUACAACCACAUUUACACUCCUCGCAGAAAUCCGCUUCCGCCUCAAUGGACGUGGCUUUGCGUCAACCAGAGGUGUGAACGUCGCCAGCUACAACAACACACCCCGGUAACUUCUUUGGCCACCUGCAGCAUGCUUUGCGGCUCCACCCAAUUAUGGCCGCAACCGACGGGACCCGUCUCUUUGGGUAGCAAAGCUUUGCUCUUCAAUCACAACCAGCUGCAGUACGAUAGCGUCGCGUCCGGUCCUGCCCAGGACCUCAUCCAAGACGCCUUCGCGAUAUUUAACAAUAGCGUGUAUAGUUUAGUCCAAAAUAGUGAAUACGCCAACGAAAAGACUGAUAUACGUAAGUUCUUAGUGAAAGUGAGUGUGGCGAACGGCGACAUAGUUAAAUUGAAAUUCAGUACCGACGAAAGUUAUAAGUUGGUCCUCAAAGCUCACGGUGCUGAGAUCGUCGCGAAUAUAACCGCCAAAACUUAUUUCGGGGCCAGGCACGGGCUGGAAACUUUAAGUCAACUUAUUUGGUGGGACGAGUACGCUAACAACAUCGGGGGAUUAAAAGUACUUAAAGGCGCCACCGUUCAAGAUGGCCCCGCGUUCCCGUACCGAGGCCUUAUGGUCGACACCGCCCGCAACUUCAUGCCAGUCGAAAGCCUUAAACGUGUUCUAGUGGGCAUGUCGGCCAACAAACUAAACGUGUUCCAUUGGCACGUGACGGACUCUCAGAGUUUCCCCAUGGUACUACCGAACGUGCCUCAAUUAGCAAAGACCGGUUCGUACAGUCCCGAGGAAACUUACUCCCCCGAAGAGGUGAAAGCCUUGGUGGAGUUUGCCAGGGUCAGGGGUAUCAGGGUGCUGCUGGAGGUGGAUACGCCUGGCCACGCUGGCAACGGAUGGACCUGGGGACCGGAGGAAGGUCUCGGAGAGUUAGCAGUGUGCGUGAACGAGCGGCCUUGGAGUCUGUAUUGCGGAGAACCGCCUUGCGGACAGCUGAACCCCGAAAAUCCCAAAGUUUACGACGUACUAGAGAAAAUUUACAGAGAUCUCAUCGAAUUAAGCGGCGAAAAUGAAAUUUUCCACUUGGGUGGCGACGAGGUUAACCUGGAAUGUUGGGCCCAACACCUCCAGAAAACCAACACCCUGAGCAACUACACUGAUUUGCACGAGCUAUGGGGCGAGUUCACCGUCAAAGCAUUGGGAAGGCUUCAGCAUGCUAAUGGUGGCGAAAAGGUGCCGAACGUCAUCGUCUGGUCGAAUAAACUCAACAAGCGGCCUUAUAUAACCAAGUUUUUCGAUAAGGAGUCGAUCAUAGUUCAAAGUUGGGGGGCGAGUCAGUGGACGGACACGCCGGAUUUGAUUGCAGACGGUUACAGGGUACUCGUUUCGCACGUGGACGCUUGGUACUUAGACUGCGGCUUCGGAAGGUGGAGGGAAACCGGAGAGGCGGCCUGCGACCCUUACAGGCCAUGGCAAACGGUUUAUAAUCAUCGGCCGUGGCAACAGAUGCACCUCGCCAAAAAGCAGAUUAUAGGUGGUGAGGUUUGCCUGUGGACGGAACAAUUGGACGAGACGUCGCUUGAUCAGCGACUGUGGCCUCGGACGGCAGCGUUUGCCGAAAGGGUGUGGACCGACCCCCCGUUAGAUCUUUCAACGUAUUCGAUACAAGAAGACGUUUACACCCGACUGAGCACUCAGAGGGAAAGGCUGGCGGCAAGGGGUCUGAAACCCGAGUCCUUGUGGCCGAAGUGGUGCGCCCAAAACCCCGGGAUGUGCCUUUGAUGGCGGUCCCCGGUAAGCGAUUUCUUAGCGAAUGAUUCGUUUAUGUCCUUUGCGGUUUGAAGGGGACUCGACAGAUGUUAUCUGCUUUUUAACGGAAUACAAAGUGUUUCCGAUGAAUCCCGCCAAAGGUGUCGGAUAUAUACACGGCUUUCAAUUUUGCUAAUAUCGGCAAAAGUGUAACUACUAACGUACGUAAUAUUUCCGGAACUUACGUGCAUAUUGACCACCGCCGUAUUUGCAUUAUGGCCAAAAGGGUCCCGAAAGACAGACAUUUUAUAAUAACUACUUAGAUUUCCUUCUUGCUUCUAUUUAAAUCAACAUUUAAAAAUUUAUAUAUCAAUUAUCAACUCUAUCAGAGACAACAGCAAAUUCGUAUAUUUUUUUAAUUUGUUGUAAUACUGUUAAUUAACCGGUCAAUUGACAACUUCUUAAUUGACCUGUCAAUUGACAACUUUUUAAUUGAUCGGUCAAUUGACAUACAAUUGACAACUUCUUAAUUGACCUGUCAAAUGACAACUUUUUAAUUGAUCGGUCAAUUGACCUACAAUUGACAACUUCUUAAUUGACCUGUCAACUGACAACUUUUUAAUUGAUCAAUUGACCUACAAUUGACAACUUCUUAAUUGACCUUUCAGUUGACAACUUUUUAAUGGACCUGUCAAUUGACCUAUAAUUGACAACUUCUUAAUUGGCCUUUCAGUUGACAACUUUUUAAUUGAUCGGUCAAUUGACCUAUAAUUGACAACUUCUUAAUUGACGUUACAGUUGACAACUUUUUAAUUGAUCGGUCAAUUGACAUACAAUUGACAACUUCUUAAUUGACCUGUCAAAUAACAACUUUUUAAUUGAUCGGUCAAUUGACCUACAAUUGACAACUUCUUAAUUGACCUGUCAACUGACAACUUUUUAAUUGAUCGGUCAAUUGACCUACAAUUGACAACUUCUUAAUUGACCUUUCAGUUGACAACUUUUUAAUGGACCUGUCAAUUGACCUAUAAUUGACAACUUCUUAAUUGGCCUUUCAGUUGACAACUUUUUAAUUGAUCGGUCAAUUGACCUAUAAUUGACAACUUAUUAAUUGACCUUUCAAUUGACAACUUUUUAAUUGAUCGGUCAAUUGACCUACAAUUGACAACUUCUUAAUUGACCUGUCAAUUGACAGCUUUUUAAUUGAUCAGAUAAUUAAACUGCAAUUGACACUGUCUUAAUUGACCUGUCAAUUGACAACUUUUUAAUUAAGAGGUCAAUUGACCUAGAAUUGAAAACUUCUUAAUGGACCUGUCAAUUGACGACUUUUUAAUUGAUGGGUCAAUUGACCUUCAAUCGACCACUUCUUAUUUGCCUAGUCAAAUUGGAUCAAAAUAUUUUAAAUAUCAAUUGUAGAGCGUUAUCUAUCGUUAUUUACUAAUAAUAUGUAUUUUAUAAUAAAUUAUUAUACAUUUGUGAUGUCCAAUUUACCUAUAAUUCUCUUCAAGAGCUAACCGAACACAAUUUGGGAAAUCCCAAUAAACAUAUCCACUCCAUUUACUUUUGAGAACGACACGAUGCCGACGUAAUGCACAAUAUAAAUAAGUAAAUAUAAAUUUCAUCGCAUUAAAAAAAAAAUCGGUCAAUUUACUGGUUAAAAAUUUGGGAAAGCCACAAAUGCUAUAAUGUGCAUUUGUCCAUAUCACCCGAGGCACCGGCGACGAACAUCCGAAAGCGGCCGAAACAUUUAUCCAAAUAAAGAGAGAGGUUCAGAUAGCAAAUUAAUUUAUAAAAUGCGGUUAAAUUGUUUUACUUUGGUUCAUUAUCUAUAUAGGUGGUCUCCACUAUACACUUACAAAUAAAAUAUAAUUAACAGUUUUGAAAAUAACGUAGAGGUUAUUGGACAUGAUAUAAAGUACAACAAUUUACGCUAUUGUUUAAGCUAAAAAAAUUACAACUUUUAUUAAACAUACUACAAUGAAGGUGUAGGUAGGUAUUUCAUUGACACCUAAGGGAUUUUUAUUUUAUAAUUUAUCCUUUCAAAAUAGGUAUCUUUAAGUAAUGGACGCGGUUGUUUUCUAAAAUUUUAAUGCAAUUUCAAUUUUUUCGUACUUGUUAUGUAACACUUCAGAAUUGUUACUUUACUGGUAUACGAUCCGGUAGUUCCGCGCCUACAUUUUAAAUUCUAAGCGCCUUUUUUUUUCCUGCCUCACCGGCAAACACCUGAUUUGCUCUGACGUCCGCGCUACCAGGCUAAGAAAGUCGUAAUUUAAUUCGCUUUAUUUAGUUGUUAAUACCAAUGUUUCAAAUACACACUUCUUAAUAAAUGGUCUCCUUAAAACUAUACCCUUUUAUCAAUGAAGAAUUAAUUGAACCCGACAGCGGAAUAAAUGCGUAUAUAUUCUCUUUGAAUAAAUAAUUCGUAAUAAGUAAUAAUUUGUAAUAAGUAAUCUAUUUAUCUUUCUCACUCCUUUCUCCGAGCGACAUGCGUGGUAUGAUAUCGUUUUCCUGUUUCGGUAGAACAGUGUGAUAGCUAGCCAAAAAGUGAUUAACCUACCGGCUUUUUCUUCAGCCAUCGCUUUGCGGAUAUAGGGUUAAAUUCACUUAGAUGUGUGGUCAGCGAUUUGGUGAUUCCGUUGCUGUUUAUAUUUUUGGUUCGUUCGGAGAACUGCCCACACUUACUCUGUAAGAGGAUUUGACUGCUACCGGCUGCCUACCAAGCUUUCACCCUCAAGAACAUCCAUCGAGGUAAAGUCUUUAACUAUUUAGCUUUUGUUACCUUUACCAUUCUAUUCACUCUUUAAAGAGUCAGUAAAUUUUCCGGCUGGUUUUCGGAAACUUUAUAGGGUCCUUGGAACACCCGUACUCUCGUUGGAGCACCCGCAUCUCCUUGAAGCCCUGUACUCGCCUUAGAGCACCCGUACUCCCUUUAGGAGGGCUCGCGUUUCGGAGGCUUCUGGAUUGACGUAUUCGGGGAGGAUUUAAACUUCGAAGUUCCUGUGUUCUCUGGAUAUUGGAGCACAUUUGAAUCAUUGCUUCACUACCGGCUCACUUGAUAGAUCUGCGCGAGGUCAGACACCCCCUGUAGGCUGCACUGUUCGGGAAAUAAACGAGGUGACGUCCAGUUCGAUGUAAGCGCUACGCGAGAUAUUGUUAGGCAUACCCUUUUUUUUGUUUUCCGUUUUUGUUACGCUCGGUAAUUUAAUCGAUACCUUUUUUUUUGCUAUACCGACACGGAAAUUCAAUAAUCAUGUAGUUUUUACUCUCGAAAAUUUGUGUACAAAUGCUUUGAAAAUUUAUGUAUAUUUAUUUGCGGGAAGUUGACGUACCGGUAAUACUGAGUAUGAUCGUGGUCGAGUUUUUUUUUUAAUAAUUACCUAUAUUGCCCCUGUUAGCCUGUGGUGAUCACCUAAGGGAAUUUGACCUUUUAUUUUUUUUCUUUGUGUAUUUCUAUUAUUUUGAGAAUUUCGUAUUAAACGUGCUGUCAACUUGUUGCGGGGACGGCAAUUGAAUUUUGCGGAGCUUUAGUCGGUAUGUCGCGGAUUUGUAGUUUCUCAUUAUCGACGCGUAAUAAAUAACGUAGACCAGUUUUCAUCUGUCUCUUUUUUGCCCCCUUAACCUUCACGACUAUCUUUUAUCGAUUGUACCAAUUUCAAUUUAAUGGUAGGUUUCAUCGUUAAUGUACUCUUUUUUUUGUAAAACAUCGGGUUCCUCACACCAUCUGAGAGACUGGAAGGUCUGCUACUUCCUGGCGCGCUAAGGAUAAAUAGUGCUAUAUUUUCUUUAUUAUUCGUGGACCCCCCCCCCCCCCCAUCCUUCCAGAACUCUGAGCACUACGGGUAACUAAUUUGCAAGCACCCAGCGACCCGGUUUUGCAAGAAAUUCAAUCUUUUUUUUUAUCUAUUCAUUUAUUUACCUUUUUUUUUUCUUUUUUUUUUCCUUUUCUGACCAAUAUUUCGCGUUGAUCUUAUAUGCGAUUUAGACCAAGAGGUGCGUGGCAGUUAUCCUGAUAACUACUUAGGUAACUUUUACUUUUUGAUUCUUGGGUGUGCCUGGUAGAUGGUUAUUUUUUUUCAUAAUCCAAGGUGUUUUAAUUGACAACCAUAUCCUCAAAAUAGUCGCAGCUGAAAUAUUUCAUAAAGAUAAAUCAUAUUGCUUAUAGAAUAAAUUUAAAAAUCAUUAAUAAUUUUAGCUGUGAGAACAAUUGGGCACACGUUUUUAUUAACCUUUCAUGAUUCGUGAUAAUCGCGGUAUGCAAUUUUCCCAGUAAAAGGUAAUUAAAUACAAUUUUACUAUGACCGCAGUGUUACAAUUAGGGACAUAUUUUUUUUUUAUAUCCUGAAACUUUUUUGCAAUCUACCCCUAAUUAAAUCAUUUAUGUGACAGAAUUUGUCAAAGAAACAGAGGUGACAUUCAAUUGGUGAGUGCUAUAAGUACAAAAGAAUCAUUUGUUUUUAAAAAUAUUAAAUUUUCUUUCACUUUUGGUGUUGCAAAAAAGACUUUUUGCAUCUAUUGCAGCAAUAGAAGAUGAAUCGUUUAGAUGUUGGAUAACUUUUUUAACUAAUCAAAAGUUGAAUAUCCAGAAAACUUUCCUUACAAAAUUGAACGCGUCAAGAUGCUUUUAGAAAUAUUAAUUUUUCGUGAUUAAUUAAAUGAUUUUAAAUUUGGGUUGCAGAGUUUCAUAAGUGACUCCAACGUCGUUAUGUCGUUAAACUGGUCUACUAUUGUAUUGCUUGCUGUGUUGUAAUUCUCGCCAUUUGAAUUAUGGUUUUUUUUCUAAUUUGACAUACUGAUCCACUAUAAAGUUAUUCGCAUAAAUCUGUAGAAUCCAAAAACGCAAUAAUUAAUUUACGUUCGUUAAAAAACAAUCUUCCCUACUUCUGUCAAAUAAAAUAUUUGAGUAAAAUACUUUUGUAAAUAAAUUAAAAUGGUUACUCGCGAUUGCCUUGAAUUUGCAUUUAUAAAAUCAGCGUUCUCCUUGUACCAAAAAACAAUAUAUUUUUCAUUUUUUUACUAUAAAAUAAUUGAGUAGAUAAAUAUUAUAAAUACUUUAAAAUUGCUGGCAUUAACUGAAAAUGAUGUGCUUAAAUACGUAAUUUGUAAAAGUGACAAUUCCGUAUUAUACCACAAAACAUUUCUACUGUGUACUCGAAAAAUAAAAAAUUAUUAUAUUAUAUAUAUAUAUAUAUAUAUAUAUAUAUAUAUAUAUAUAUAUAUAUAUAUAUAUAUAU